CCGAACCCCGGUUCCCUUCGCGUGGUCCGCCGAGGCUGCGCCAGGUGGGGCCCGAAGCCGCCUCCCACGCCAGGCUGUCCCCGCGGCUGCCCGGCCUGCCUUCCUUCCUUCCGCCUGCCCGCCGGCCCGCCCUAGGAGUUAACCAAGCCGCAAUGAAGAGCUUCUUACAGUGAAAGGAAAGUAGGUCUCGCCCACUGAAAAUGCCUUUAAGGGACAAAUACUGUCAGACUGACCACCAUCAUCACGGAUGCUGUGAACCAGUUUAUAUCCUGGAACCUGGAGAUGCUCCUUUGUUACAGCAACCACUACAGACAUCCAAAUCUGGUAUUCAGCAAAUAAUUGAGUGCUUUCGAUCAGGAACUAAACAACUUAAGCAUAUUUUAUUAAAAGACGUGGACACUAUUUUUGAAUGCAAAUUAUGCCGCAGUCUCUUCAGAGGAUUACCAAAUUUAAUUACCCAUAAAAAAUUCUACUGCCCACCAAGUCUCCAGAUGGAUGACAACCUUCCUGAUGUAAAUGAUAAACAAAGUCAAGCCAUAAACGAUCUCCUAGAAGCCAUAUAUCCAAGUGUGGACAAGCGAGAAUAUAUUAUUAAGCUAGAACCCAUAGAAACUAAUCAAAAUGCAGUGUUUCAGUAUAUUUCAAGGACUGAUAAUCCUACUGAAGUCACAGAGUCAAGCAGUACUCCUGAACAAACCGAAGUUCAAAUACAGGAAACUAGCACUGAACAGUCUAAAACAGUACCAGUUAUAGACACAGAGGUGGAAACUGUAGAGCCCCCUCCUGUUGAGAUUGUUGCAGAUGAAGUUGCACCUACAUCUGAUGAGCAACCUCAGGAAUCACAGGCUGACUUGGAAACUUCUGACAAUUCUGAUUUUGGUCACCAGUUGAUAUGUUGUCUUUGUAGAAAAGAAUUCAAUUCCAGACGAGGCGUUCGUCGUCACAUUCGAAAAGUACACAAGAAAAAGAUGGAAGAACUAAAAAAGUACAUUGAAACACGAAAGAAUCCAAACCAGUCCUCUAAAGGACGCAGUAAGAAUGUUCUAGUUCCAUUAAGUAGGAGUUGUCCAGUAUGUUGUAAAUCAUUUGCUACAAAAGCGAAUGUAAGGAGGCAUUUUGAUGAAGUUCAUAGAGGACUAAGGAGGGAUUCAAUUACUCCUGAUAUAGCAACAAAGCCUGGGCAACCUUUGUUCCUGGAUUCUGUUUCUCCUAAAAAAUCUUUUAAGACUCGAAAACAAAAGUCGUCUUCAAAGGCUGAAUACAAUUUAACUGCAUGCAAAUGCCUCCUUUGCAAGAGGAAAUAUAGUUCACAAAUAAUGCUUAAAAGACAUAUGCAAAUUGUCCACAAGAUAACUCUUUCUGGAACAAACUCUAAAAGAGAGAAAGGCCCUAAUAAUACUGCCAGCAGUUCAGAAAUAAAAGUUAAAGUUGAACCAGCAGAUUCUGUAGAAUCUUCACCCCCUUCCAUUACCCAUUCUCCACAGAAUGAAUUAAAGGGAACAAAUCAUUCAAAUGAAAAAAAGAACACACCGGCAGCACAGAAAAAUAAAGUUAAACAAGACUCUGAAAGCCCUAAAUCAACUAGUCCGUCUGCUGCAGGUGGCCAGCAGAAAACCAGGAAACCAAAACUUUCAGCUGGCUUUGACUUUAAGCAACUUUACUGUAAACUUUGUAAACGUCAGUUUACUUCCAAACAGAACUUGACUAAACACAUUGAGUUGCACACAGAUGGGAAUAACAUUUAUGUUAAAUUCUACAAGUGUCCUCUUUGCACUUAUGAAACUCGUCGGAAGCGCGAUGUGAUACGACAUAUAACUGUGGUUCAUAAAAAGUCAUCCCGCUAUCUUGGGAAAAUAACAGCCAGUUUAGAGAUCAGAGCUAUAAAGAAGCCCAUUGAUUUUGUUCUAAAUAAAGUGGCAAAAAGAGGCCCUUCGAGGGAUGAGGCAAAACAUAGUGAUUCAAAACAUGAUGGCACUUCUAACUCUCCUAGUAAAAAGUAUGAAGUAGCUGACGUUGGUAUUGAAGUAAAAGUCACAAAAAACUUUUCUCUUCACAGAUGCAAUAAAUGUGGAAAGGCAUUUGCCAAAAAGACUUAUCUUGAACAUCAUAAGAAAACUCAUAAGGCAAAUGCUUCCAAUUCACCUGAAGGAAACAAAACCAAAGGCCGAAGUACAAGAUCUAAGGCUCUUGUCUGGUGAGGAACAGUUACAGAGUUUUGCUUUUUUCCCCCCAUCGAACUAAAAAAAAUCAUUUGACCAUAAUUUAUAGCUGGUUCCAUUUUAAUACAUGUUUGCUUCCAUAUAUCUUAUGGCAUUGGGAACUGCAAGAGUAAUGUGCAUAUUGCAUUUACCUCUUCAGUGACCUUUAUUCCAGUGGCUUGGGAACAAAAGUUAACUUCAGAACUUAUCUUCCACAGGACAAUGCAUUAUAGUUCUAGGUAGAUGGCACAGGGUCAGUGCUUUCCUCUCAAUGUUGUAAAAUAUAUACGUUUAUAUUGGCUUAUGUUUACAAUAGAAGUCUUCUGUUUAACUAACUUUGCACAGAUUUAAUUUGAUUAGUGACUUAGUCUACUAAUGAAUACAUUGUAGGAAAAGUUAAAUAUAUUAGAAUGAAUUUGUGAAGGCGAUAAUUAUAGGAAAAAAGUCUUUUGAGGCACUGUAAUUAUUGUAAAAAUUAAUCUGUGACGGCUAAAUAAAGUGCUGCACUAAGAAAAAGAAAAUCCCCAAAUUGAAUUUAGAACAAUUAGCAUUUAUUAUUUAUGUUUAACAUAGUGCUUCCAGUCAAAGGGGGGGACUUGAUAAACAAAAGUUUGGAUUUUUUUUUUCCUUCUCCUUAGGAGUGUGUGUUAGUUACUGUUUUUAGUUUUGAUCUGCGGAAAAAGUGAUUAUUUAGGUUCAAAAUCUUACUUUUCCCUUUUUGUUUAAACAGACUUUUUGUGAUCAUUUCAACAUAGUUAAUAUUAUUAAGUAGGUUUUUUUUUUUAAUCUUUUUUUGUGGUUGUGCGUUGCAAGAAAAGGAAAAUCCCUAUUGGGAAAAAAGAAAAAAAUUUACUUUUUUAGAAGGUUUUGGAAUAAAUGUAGAUUUUUAAAAUGCAAUAUGAAAUAAGGAGUAGACUCCCUCUACUUGGUUUUGCAAGUCUAUCUAUAUUUUUAAAAGUUUACCUUCAGUACCUGUGUCCCUUGUAUUAAGGCAUUUAAUAUAUUUAAUUAGUAUUAAAUUAGUUUGGGAUUCAGGUUCUAGGCAGUAUACUUAGUUUGAGUACUGAGUAGGUUAAAUGUUGUGAUUUGAGUAUCACACAUGUUUUUAUUUGUGUGGAAACUUGAGGUGAAACCAUCCUUUAGAAGUGAUUUACUGUUGUAUAAUUUUUAAAACAAGGUUUUAUUGGUAAACUCAAAAGUGUUCAUUUAUUCCCAUUUCUCCUCAGAUAACUUCAAGUGAUGUACGAAAAGGUUUGGAGUUCAUUUUUGUGGAAAGACUUUAAAUUGGUGUUAGAACCACUAAACGUCUUCAAAUGGUACUAUGAGAAAAAAAGGAAAAACAUUUUCAUAAAUAUUCGACUGUAACUGCUGUUUUCUGACUAAAAUAAUAACCAUCUAACCACUUGUUUCUAAGGCACUGCCUCUUCCAGCACUUUCAAGUAGCUGUGACAUUACAUAUUGUCAUCACAGUCCAUCAGCUAACCACCCUUGACCUUGUGCAUUUGGUCUGCAGUUCCUACAAAAAUGUUGCAAAUUUUGUUUUCCAAACAAUUUGUUGAUUAAAGCGAUCAACAACCUGAAGAAUAUAUCACCACUGGUGAUUUUUAAUUGACAGAGACUUUAUAUCUUAGUGACUUUAGUUUUGUUUCACUUUAUUUGGCAAAAUUUUCAUCUGAAUUGUACAGAUCUAUUUGCUAGUGAGUGUAUGUUAGGACCAAAAGAGAAAUUAGUAUCAACAUAUUAUAAAUAUUUAGCCUACUAAGUAUUUGUAAUUAUUUUUACAUUCAUUUAUUUCUAACUUGUUCUCCAGCACUUAAAUGUUUGAAAGUUUCAUUCUAAAAUAUAUUCAGCAGAAAGUUCCGGUUCAUUUUCGUCCAUGGAUCAUUAUUUUUAUUUGUCAACAUCUGAGGUUUUUAUGAAAAUUAAACAUUCCCCUUUUUUCUUUAAAUUUUAUACAAAGCACUUUAAUAAUAGAUGCAACUUAAUUUUUCAGUUUCUGUAUAUAUUUUUUUAAAGACCACGCAUUUACUAAUGUUAGUAUGAAGGUAGUAAAUAGCUUACUGAUAUUUUAUGGAUGCAGACAAUCCAUGCACAACCACUUCUUAUGAUAUUAGUUUAAUUCUUUAAAUAUUGCUAAAAAAGGAAGGUGGGAGUAUAAACCCUGAAGUUUUUUCUCCCGAGUAAAAUCUUAAAUGACUACUUUAGAUGAUAUUUGAUUCCUACUGUAAAAUUUGGAAAAUAAUGAAUUCUUGUCCAUUUUUGUAAUCAAGAUUUUAGGAAAACAGAAGUACAUCUAUCUUUAUGAAAUAUUGGGCAGGUUUUUGUGUAUCAAUAUUUUGUACUUUUUAGGGAAUAUUUUAUUUUUUAGUAAUUUUUGUCAAAUUAUAAUUUUAAAAGGUACAGCAGAGAACAUACCAUGUUUUUAUAUAGGUUCAUACCUGUACUUAGGAGGGACCCUGUCCAUCUAUAUACUUCUUGUAAAAAUUUUAAAGUGUUGAAGAUCCACAAGGUCAUAAUAAAAUGCUUCUAUAGCUAGAAAAACAUUUACCCUUCCCAGUGCUUUGCACUAAAAUAUACUGUGAAAGGAAACUAGAAAGACUGUAACUGUUGCUGGAAAUGUUCUAUAUUGAAUGUACAUGCUCUUGUUGGAAAAAUGUACUAUAUGUGAUGGAAAUAAACCAGACUCAAAAUUAUUUCAGCUAAAUGUGCUUCAACAAAGGUGCAUUGGUUGAAACUUAAAUGUUUUAUCAAAUUUAAAUUUAUUCAGUGACUAUGAGCAGCUACACUUGAAUUAUACCCUAAUAGUUUUAUUUUUAAGGAUUAGAGUGAUAAUUUCUCUUUAAUUUAAAAACAGAUUUACUUUUCCACAUACGGAAAACUUGUACUUAUAUACCUAACUUUAAUGAUUAAUAUCAUAAUAUAUUUAGGGAACUAAAUGUGUAGGUGGUAUUUCAUUUAUAAACCAUCUUCAUUAGUUGCACAUUAUUAAAUCUGUAUGUUUGACUUUUGCAAGGUGUUAUCUUUUAUACAUUCUUACACACAAGACAUCUUCCAAAGAUACAUUCCAGACUUAAGUACCUACAACCAGUGGAAAGAUAGGAGUAUUCCUAAAAAGUUUGGGGGUAGUUCUUUGCUACAGCCUCUCAUCUAUAUGUCAGCCUAUUGUUCUCUACUUUACUUGUUAAAUACCGUAGGGAAUAAAGAAAAAUAGCCUGAUGUUGAUGGAGGGGAGCCCAAUUACUGGAAUUCCUUUAUUUCAACUCCCCUAUUUCCACAAUACUAUUCAUAGUUUGUCUCCACCCAUAACUCUAGGCCCACAGAGCAGGAAUUUAGAAGGAGGAAUUGAGGGUUCCAAGGACUGUCAAAAGGUUUCAUCUGGGUCAUAGAGGAAGAAAUAGAACUAUGUCAGGAUGCGUCUGUCUAAAUUAGAAUUGCCUAGACAGAUUGGGAAUAUUUUAUCAUAGUAGCCAAAUCAAUGGAUCAUGGCAGAGAGGAGUUAGAGGCUAAACAAGUUUAGAGAGGUGGAAUGAACAAGUAAGAAGUUAUUAGAUGUUCUUUGUUCUUCCUAUUUCUUUCUGGUCUUCAUCUUUAUUUUUUGGUUUUAUUUUGAUUCAGGAUCUGUCUUCUCAGAGGCUGAGGCUUGAGACUCUUAAGGAGAAGAGUCCUAGGAAAUUUGUGGCAGAAGCUUUUCUGCAUGCAAAUAUAAGCAAAUAUUUGUAGCACUUUUUGUUGUGGGGAGUAGUUAAGUAAGUAAAGAACCAUCAGAAACUGCUUAUUUUAUAUUAAAACCUAUCUUUGGCUACCAAUUAUAUCUACCUUUGCUAUUAUUUGAUCAUUCAAGAGUUUUCCUGUAGAGUUCAACUCCUUGUUUCCUGAGAUACCUUCCAUACGUCGUAAGUGUGGUGGAAGAGGAAAAACAAUGAAAAGUAUGGCUUGCAUUUCAACUUCAUAAGUUUGGGUAGUGCAAGUGAGAGCUGGAUGAGGUAUGGCUGACACUGGGCAGGUGUUUAUUAGAACAUGGAGAUACAUACCUUGAACGUAUGAUAACUUUUUUUUUUUUCAUGUCUCUGUUUCCCCCUCUUUCCUCCCAACUUCAGGAAGAAAGCCUCCUCUUGAAGAAUAUAUAUAUUCUUUAUUCUUGUAGAAUAUAUAAAUUCUUGGCCUACUUUUGUACAUAUGAGCUGAGUUUUUGGCUUGUAUUAUUGAAAAGUACUUCACUUUUUUUAGGGGUAUGUAUUUGUUAAUAUUGCUUUAUGAUCAAUAGGCUGUUCUACUCAUUUUGCUUGAAAGAGCCCAUGGAUGCAGUAGCAGGGAAUUUUGUGGUCUUUCUAGGGCUUGAGUUUACCAAUAGGUGUUAUGGCAAGAAAGUAUUGAGAUAGACACAAGUGGCUAUCAUUUCCUAUUGUGAAGUUGGAAAAGAUGUUUUCAAAUAGCAUGACCUCUGAAAAAGAAAUGCUUCUUAAACUUUAGAAAUUAGGUUUCCAGGUUUCCUACAGUGGCCAAUGGAAGUAUUCUCAAUCUUUAGUUAGGAGUUUUAGAAGUUACUUUUUUUAAUGGAAUCCAUAGAUUACCAGGAUUAUGAUUUAGCUGUGACUCUAAGAGUUGAUCUGAAGCCGAGCUCUAAGAUACGUGUAGCAAAAUGUUGGCUGUUGUAUUAUACAAAAUCCUUCUGUACUCUGUGCUGUUCUUUCCCUCUUCUUCAACUUUAGAAACCUAGGGAUUAGAAAGAAGUAAGGAUCAGCAGUCUUAAGAAUGGCUGUUGUUUGGUUUCUAAGGAAUUAGGCACAUGAUAUAACGUAGUAUAAAACAUGUUUCACUUAAACUCACCUGCAAUUAUUUUGACUUUUCUAACUUUCAGAUUCACUCCUGUCUCCUAGAAUUUGUUUCUGUACUAUUUUACUCUGAGUUCUCUUCUGAAUCUCUGGCUUUUCUUUUUUUCUUUUUUUUUUUUUUUCUGCUUCUCUACCAAGUACCAAGAUAGCAAAAAUGUUUUUUGAGAAGGUAAGAGGGUGGAAAGUCAGCUCAUUUCUUCCUGAAUAUUUGUCAUUCUAAAUUUGAUUUGUCAGGCUUAUUAUUUCUUUUCAAACUGCUUCUUCUGCAUAUAUUCACCACCAUGCACCCCCAAGCAGAGGUGAACUUAAUGAAGACCAUAGUUGUGUCUGGUUGGGAAAAUGCGUGAAGUCGGAGGUUUUACUGUUUGUGCCCACUCAGUAGAGUUAAUUUGCUUGAUUGUUUAUAUUUGAAGUCAGGGACUAUGUCUUGAUAAUUUUGUUUAGUGCCUAGCACAUUUUCAUGUAUACGCAGGCACUGUGAAUAAAAACUUGAUAUUCAAGUGAGUGGUAGCUUUUUCCAUCUCAGAAUUGUGCUGUCAUAUACUUUGAGACUUCGGGUUUUAAUUUCAUAAACUUUUAAUGUUUGUUUAUUUUUGAGGGAGGGACAGAGAGAGAGAGAGAAACAGGCAGACAGGCAAAGAGGGAGACAGAGAAUCUGAAGCAGGCUCCAGGCUCUGAGCUGUCAGCACAGAGCCUGACGUGGGGCUUGAACUCAUGGACUGUGCGAUCAUGACCUGAGCUGAAGUCGGACGCUUAACCGACUGAGCCACCCAGGUGCCCCAUCAUUUCAUAAACUUUUAUUAUUUCAAUAUUGAUUUUACUUAUUUUAGAAAAUGCUGCCAGUACUAAGAUGAUAGUUUGUAAUAAUAAACAGAACUCUUCAUAUUAGAUAAUAAUAAUGAGUAUUCAUGGAGUGCUGACUGUAUGCCAAGUACUCUGCUAUCCUUUACAUGCAUAAUGCCCCUCAUCGACUAAGAAGACCCACCAAUAAGAUCCACCAGUAAGAACUGUUACUUCAUUAUCUCCAUUUUAUAGAAUUCUGAGUUUCAAUGUAGAAUUUCAGUGAUUUACUUAAGUUCACAUAGCUAGGGAAUAACAGAAUUGAGACUUGACACUAGGUCUUGACUACGAAGCAUGUGCUCUUAAUCCGUGCACGUUACAUUUGCACAUUGUACUGUUUACAAAGCACAUCUACCACAUUACCUUUUUGGCAGCUUAGUGUAAUGAUCUGGAGCUAGAUUAGUUGGUGAAAUUUUUGUAUCCACACAUUAUUUCCUGUGUGGCUUUGUACUAGUUACUUAAUCAUUCUGUGUCCUAGUUACCUCAUCUGUGAAACGGGGAUAAUAUCUACCUUACGGGGUUCUGAGGAUAAAAUGAAAAAUACGUGAAACAUUUAAAGUAGUGCUUGGCAUGUUACAAUAAAUGUUGGAUAUGGUUACCGUAAGUGAUUUUCAUAGCAUUGGAAAUGUGUAAUGUUUUUAUUACCACUUAAAGUUUAGAUUGAAAUGGGUGCAUUAGAAGAGAACUUUAUUGCUACACAUCAGAUUUUAACUCUUGCUUUGUAUUUAAUUGGGACAAUGAAGACAACCGACUGUAUUAUUAUUUGCUGUCAAUUUUCUUCUGAUCAGAUAUUACAAGUUUACCAUUCUCAUAAAUUUUUCACUGAUCUUGAAAAAAGGUAUUAGGUAGUUUUAAGCACAUUCAUUUUAAGUUUGGCUUUGUUUUUAUGGUUACUCCCCAGAAUAAUCCAUCUGUCUUAAAAUUCUUAUUAGUAUCUGUCCCAUCACACGAAAAUUUUAUUGUUGGUCAUGUGCAGAAUAUUGACAUGGAGCUAAUAUUAAUUGAUUAACAUAGCUGAAACAUUUCUGUAAAAGUAUAUAUGCAGUACUAUUUGAAAGAAAGCUUCAGUUAUGGAAUGAGUAGAUUCUUCAGGAGAGCAUGAUUUGGGCUAAGUCAGGAAUUUCUUGGGUAAAUGUGUCAUGAAGAGGUAAGAAGUGGUACUUUCAAAAGUCUUACCCCUGGUAGUCAUUAGUGGCAGUACUCCAAAUUUCACUGAGGCCCAAGUACUGUUAGAUUAUCUGCUGAAAGGGUUUACGCACAUACCCAAUUGUUCCUGCUUUUACUUUUUUAACAAUAAGAUAAUGAUUUUAGAAACUUUUGUAUUUAGGGACUUGUAUAAUUUGCAACACCAGAGAACGUUUGUCCCUAGGUUUGGAUGAACCUUCGUAUUCUGAACUUCAGAUCAAGUGCUGGGGUUCCAGCGCCUGUGUUGUAUGGCUUCUUAGUGAUGCUGAUACUCAAAUACUUGUGUCAGGUAUCUGGAGCAUAUUCCUGGCACACAAAACACUGUGAUGUGUAAGGCGUAGAAUGAUAAUGCUUGAAAAAAUAGCCAAACCAAAAUAAACCAAAAAACAAAAACAAAAAAAAA